CAGGAGACAGAGCUGUCGUGAGGGCGUCUACCCCACUCACUCGACCCGACACUGGCGCCCCGUCCACCACUUCGGUUGAGCAAGAGGCGAGGCAUUGAGAGCGCUACACCGGGUCAUUCUGUCCACCCUCUGCUCCACACGCCCACAGCCACCUAUCAUGUGGACGAGGCCGCAGGUGGGCGGCCCUGCACGCCCAUGCUGGAGCGUGGGUGGAGGAAUAGAGGCCGCGUGAUGGAGACACCGCCUAGCCUACGUCAAGGCCAGCCACGAAACUGUUGACACUGACACGCCCACGCCCACGCCAUGCCACGCCCACUCAUCACAAUGGGCGAGAGCGCCGACAGCGGCGACAGUGUCAUGAUGUCAUACAUCCCUUCCUCGGCGCUCAUCUCUCUCAACCAGCGCUGUCACGCGGGCGGCGUCGACGAAGUCGGCGCCACGCGUUCCGUUCCGGACAUCGAACUCCACGCGCGGGAAAGCAGUAACCGGCCGGAGUACCGCGGGUAUCGCCUCCUGGCGCCGCAGGUGCGGUGUUCCUGCUCGCAUUUGCCGCGGGCGCCGUCGCACGAGAGCGUGCGGUCGGUCCAAGGCGGCAUCAGCGAAGUAGUGGUGGUGGCGCCAACCCUCUACAGAGACCGCAUCAUCCGCCAACACUCUCAACCCGAAACCUGUCUCCAUUGUCAUCACCCGAAACCUUCGGCGUCCUUGCGGUAUCUGCCGCGGCAGGAGUCAUGCGGUCCGCAUGCCACCUCCGAGGGCAUCGCUACCAUCGCCGCAGACACUCUGCGCAUCAACGGCGCACUCAGCUCCUUUAAACAGACUUUAUCAUCCUCAGACUUUAUCAUCCUCAGACUUUAUCAUCUUCAGACUUUAUCACCCUCAGACUUUAUCACCCUCAGACUUUAUCAUCCUCAGACUUUAUCAUCCUCAGACUUUAUCAUCCUCAGACUUUAUCAUCUUCAGACUUUAUCAUCCUCAGACUUUAUCAUCCUCAGACUUUAUCAUCCUCAGACUUUAUCAUCCUCAGACUUUAUCAUCCUCAGACUUUAUCAUCUUCAGACUUUAUCAUCUUCAGAGUUUAUCAUCCUCAGACUUUAUCAUCCUCAGACUUUAUCAUCCUCAGACUUUAUCAUCCUCAGACUUUAUCACCCUCAGACUUUAUCACCCUCAGACUUUAUCACCCUCAGACUUGAUGAAUACAGCCUGUGCCAGCUGUGGCUGCCUGCGCCAGCUGCUGCAGCUCACGCCAGCUUCAGCAGCCUUCACCAGCUGCGAGAUUCUACGCCAUUCGCGACAGCACAAGAGGGUGAAUAUGCAUGUUGA